AUGCCUGAAAGCAUCAUCUACCCGGGCUCCACAGCCACAACCUCAACCACCAAAGUCACCGCCACCUUCACCGGCGACGUCUACCUCGACCCCAUCUCGAUAAACCCCGAGGCCGCAAUCGCAAAUGUGACAUUCACCCCGUGUGCCCGUACACACUGGCACACGCACGAGGGAGGCCAAGUCAUUCGCGUCAUUGCGGGCUCCGGCUGGAUCUGCGAUAAGGGGGGUGUACCGAGAAAGUUGAAGACCGGGGAUGCAGUUUGGGCGCCGCCAGGCACAACGCAUUGGCAUGGGGCGGAUGAGGGGAGUGUCAUGACGCAUUUUGUUGUGGGGAUCGGGAAGACGGUUUGGCAUGAGGCUGUUACUGAGGAGGAGUAUAGAAAGAGAGAGUAG